UAUUGAUGUUAUCAAGUGUGGUGAAACAUUUUCGGUUUUUUUUUAUAAUAUUCACUACUUAUAAAAAAAUUUUUUACAACUGAACCGACCAGUGUUACAUACGCAUAAAUAUGUCUGAAAAAAACUCUAAAACAGAAAAUGAACUAGCAAGUCUAGAUUGGUUAAAAAUAAAAACUGACAAAGGUAAAACUCCCGACUUUGUUAUUCGGUCUCAAAUGGAAGAUCCCGGUAACAAAUUUCUUAGGAAAUUCAAAGAAAAUCCUCUUGUGCCUAUUGGUGCCUUAUUAACUGUCGGUUUCUUAAGUUAUGGCUUAAGAGACAUGUAUAGAGGAGACAAAAUGAGAUCUCAGAUGAUGAUGCGUGGACGUAUUGCUGCACAAGGAUUUACAGUUGUCGCGUUACUCGGAGGACUUUUCUAUAAAGGCUUAGCAGUUAUGAAAGAAGCUGAGAAAGAAGAAAAAUCCACAAAUGACUGAAGACAACUUUAGAUCAUUUAUAAAAUGAUAUUUCAUUAAUUAAUUAAAUGUUUUGUUGUAAGUAAUGUAGUUAAUAACGUGUUUAUUGUAUGUAUAAAUGUAUAAGUAUAAUAUUGACGUUUUUGUUGUUCUUAAGUUGAGUCUUUAUUAUUCUUAAAUAUAAAUAGAAUAAUUUUUGUUGAUUAA